GCAGGAUGCCUUUCCGGCAGGGCUCUGCCCGGACGCGGCAGCGCACCGUCCUUCUGGUGGGGAUCGUGGUCCUGCUGGCCGCCCUCGUCCUCGCCGUCGUGCUGGCCUCUCUCCUGACUCACGGAAAGCAAGAAGUCCGUCCCAAAAUGCUGAAGUGGAAGGACAGAGGGACCACUAAGAAUCUGCAAGAAAUCAUCCUGGGAAGAUGCUACAACUACCCUCAGCUGGGAGAUAAGGAUUGCCUAAAAAUAUGGGAAUCAUUAAAACAUGCGUUCAUUUACAAGAAUCCCUGUAAUAUUACAUCAGAAGAUUAUCAGCCUUUAAUGGAGUUAGCGAGUCAUCCUAUACCCUGUAACAAGUCACUGUUCUGGAGCAAGACAAGUGACCUCGCUCAUCGUUAUACAAAAGCCAAUCAAAAUUUCCUUACCUUGGAGGACACCUUGCUGGGUUAUAUGGCUGAUAGGGUUUCAUGGUGUGGAGACCCCUCUGCCCCAGGAAUCAACUAUGAAUCUUGUCCAAAACGAAGUGAAUGUGAGAGCAACCCUAGCUCUGUAUUCUGGAAAAUGGCAUCCAAGAUGUUUGCAGAAGCAGCCUGUGGUGCAGUUCAAGUGAUGCUCAAUGGAUCAGUAGAAGCUGGAGCUUUCAGAAGCAGCAGCAUCUUUGGAAGUAUCGAGAUUUUUAACCUAAAUCCAGAUAAAGUCUCUGCAGUACACAUUUGGCUUAUGCAUGACAUCGGUGGACCUCAAAGUGAAUCCUGCUCAGGUCAUUCCAUAAAGAGGCUAAUAAGCAUCUUAGAAGAGCGAAACUUUAAGAUCACCUGUGAAGACAAUUACAGGCCAGUUCAGCUCCUUCAGUGUGUGCAUAACCCUGACCACACAGACUGCAGACUUUGCACCAACACCACGGCAACUCCAUGAAACGGAGUCCUCCGCGCUACUGAAGACUUUCCUUAUUUGCGUGGAAAGCUGGAAAAGAUGUGGCUACAUAGCUUAGAGUGAUAAAUAGUAGCAUGGUGUGUACAGAGUCCAUAACCAGAAAUCCUUGCUGUGAUACUAACAGCCAAAUAGCAGGAGGUGAUACUUUAGGUGUGAUUACUGUACACACACACA